AUGGGCUCGGUGUCCAACCAGCAGUUUGCAGGUGGCUGCACCAAGGCAGCGGAGAAGGCGCCCGAGGAGGCGCCAGCGGAUGCAGCCCGGGCGGCGGACGAGCCGCAGCUGCUGCACGGUGCCGGCAUCUGUAAGUGGUUCAACAUGCACAUGGGGUUCGGCUUCCUGUCCAUGACCACCCGCGCCGGGGUCGCGCUUGACCCCCCGGUGGAUGUCUUUGUGCACCAGAGUAAGCUACACAUGGAGGGAUUCCGGAGCCUGAAGGAGGGUGAGGCUGUGGAGUUCACCUUUAAAAAGUCUGCCAAGGGCUUAGAAUCCAUCCGAGUCACCGGUCCUGGUGGGGUGUUCUGUAUUGGGAGUGAGAGGCGGCCCAAGGGGAAGAACAUGCAGAAGCGCAGAUCCAAAGGAGACAGGUGCUAUAACUGUGGUGGUCUAGACCAUCAUGCCAAGGAAUGCAAGCUGCCACCCCAGCCUAAGAAGUGCCACUUCUGCCAAAACAUUAACCACAUGGUGGCCUCAUAUCCACUGAAGGCCCAGCAGGCUCCCAGCUCCCAGGGAAAGCCAGCUUACUUCCAGGAGGAGGAAGAAGAGAUCAACAGCCCUGCCCUGCUUCCGGAGAGGACUUCGGGCUGGCCCUUGUACGCCAGAACUCUACUUCCUCACCGGUUCUCCAGUCAAGUCUGGAGUCGGCCCACAGUUUACCGCUCAGUCACGUGA